AACUCUCUCUCUCUCUCUCCCUUUUAAAUAUCAGUCUUCAUUUAUCGUCACACACAUGACUUGCAAUUUAGUUCAAUUCAGUAAUUCUCAAAUGGCAGUGAACGUGCCGAGAAUCAAGCUGGGCUCGCAGGGCCUUGAGGUGUCGAAACAAGGCUUGGGGUGCAUGGGAAUGUCAACGAGCUACGGCGCGCCCAAGCCUGAGCCCGAGAUGAUCGAACUUAUCCACCACGCUAUCAACUCCGGCGUCACAUUUCUCGAUACCUCCGACGUCUAUGGUCCUCAUACCAAUGAGAUUCUCCUCGGCAAGGCUCUGAAAGGGGGCAUGAGAGAAAAAGUCCAACUGGCUACCAAGUUUGCGGCAAUGCACAAGGAUGGAAAGAUGGAAAUACGUGGUGACCCAGCAUAUGUGAGGGCUGCAUGUGAGGCAAGCUUGAAGCGCCUUGACGUUGACUGCAUUGAUCUCUAUUAUGUUCAUCGGAUUGACACUCGUGUGCCAAUUGAAGUCACGAUGGGAGAAUUAAAGAAAUUGGUUGAAGAAGGGAAAAUAAAAUAUAUUGGGCUCUCGGAGGCAUCUGUUUCAACAAUCAGAAGGGCUCAUGCUAUUCAUCCCAUAACUGCUGUUCAGAACGAAUGGUCAUUGUGGUCAAGAGAUCUGGAAGAAGAACUAGUUCCUGCAUGCAGGGAGCUUGGUAUUGGGAUUGUACCAUACAGUCCACUUGGACGUGGUUUCCUCUCAUCAGGUCCGAAGUUGAUACAGAAUUUGUCGGAGGGUGACUUUCGUAAGAUUUUUCCGAGGUUCCAGGCGGAAAAUCUUGAACAUAAUAAGUUGGUAUACGAACGGAUAUGUGAAAUGGCUGCAAGAAAAGGCUGCACCUCAUCUCAACUAGCAUUGGCUUGGGUUCAUCACCAAGGAGAUGAUGUGAGUCCCAUACCUGGUACCACCAAGAUUCAGAACUUCAAUGAAAAUGUCGGAGCUCUAUCUGUGAAGUUAACACCAGAAGAGAUGACUGAACUCAGCGGUUUGGCUGAUCUUGUAAAGGGAGAGAGGCAUGCUUACAUGGCAAGUACAUGGAAAUACGUGGACACGCCACCACUCUCCUCUUGGAAGGCUGAGUAGUGAUGUACACCUGAAGACCUGCCCUGGUCUGUCUUGAAGGCUACAAUACCAUGCAAUAUGUCCUGAGUACUCAAGUAAUAGAAAGUUUACUCCUACUCUGCAUUACAAAAUGUGUGUUUGUACUCCUAUAUAUUGUCUAUUACUGUAUGUGUGUUUAAUGAGUAGUUGAGUAACUAAUGAAAUAAACAGUACUGGGUGGAGAAGUGGUCCGUUGGAGCUCCAGCAAUGUGAAUGGAAAUGAGAAAAUGAUCAUGUUCAGAGACUUACAAUGG